AAAAAAGAGAACUUAUCUGAAGAAAUGGAAACAACUUAUCAGAAUCACCGCUAAAUAAAAUAAAAAUUAAAAAUAAACGUAAAAUCUUUGAAAGAGCGAACGGAAAAGUAAUAAAGAAAGCAGGAAUUUGACUUGGGACAGGUAGGCGAACAACCAAAGCUAACCACGAUCCACCCAAUAAGCUUCCAUCAUCCGAAUAAUUCCGAAACCUUUUUCUUCAGAAAUUUGUAGAACGAAAAAGAAUAAAUGAAAGCCUUUGAACUCAUUCUGUACAACUAACUCUUCUUUUCUUUCCCACUAAAAAGGAUUUGGCGAGGGUGUAAAGAUUCCUGGUUCUGAUGCUAAAGACGUUUCAAACACUAUUUGGGAAAUUCUCCAAACAAUACGUGUUGAGAUAAAACAGCAUCUGAAAUUGUGUUUACAAGUUCCGAAGUGUCAACACUACAGUUAAGUUUGUCACUCAUGUGGCCUUUAUAUAUUCUGUUUAAUAAGAAUCUUAAGGCAGAAGAGGAAGCAGCAUUAUCAAAGAGAGAACGUUCAAGUUUCUUAGAAUCCUACCCACAUGAGAAGUUAUCUACCAAUGGAAAAUGCUCUGUUUCUGUUUUGCCUAGUUCGUAUAUUGUUGAUGUUCCGCAUGUAAAUCAGUUAUAUUCUUGGGAUUGUGGGCUCGCUUGUGUUCUGAUGGUUUUCAGAACCUUUAGCAUCAAUGUUCACAGCAUCGAGUCGUUGGCAGAGCUAUGUUGCACAACAAGCAUUUGGACCGUUGAUCUGGCAUACCUAUUGCAGAAGUUUUCUGUUAGUUUUUCCUACUACACAGUAACAUUUGGAGCAAACCCAAAUUAUUCUGUUGAAACAUUUUACAAGGAGCAAUUACCUAAUGAUCUGAUACGAGUGGAUAUGUUAUUUAAAAAAUCACUGGAAGCUGGAAUUAACAUACAAUGCAGGUCACUCAGCAUAGAAGAAAUUUCUCUUCUGAUAUUGUCUGGGGAAUAUAUCGCCAUUGCUUUAGUUGACCAAUACAAAUUGAGUCGGUCUUGGCUGAAGGAUGUAUUUAUCUCAGACAUCAGUGACAUCAAUUCUGGAUACACUGGCCACUAUGUGAUUAUAUGUGGCUACGACACCGAAACAGAUGAGUUUGAGAUUAGAGAUCCUGCCAGUUCUAGGAAACAUAUUAAGAUCUCUUCAGAUUGCCUUGAGGAAGCCCGGAAAUCCUUCGGUACUGAUGAGGAUCUUCUCUUGAUUUCAUUGGACGAGAUUGAUCGUAAGAGAAUAAGGAUCAGCCCAUCUCUACAACUUUCUCCCCAUGUAAAAGUCGGUUCAUUCUGCCAGAUUUGAGGUGUCAUGACUACUCAUGACCUACAUACUGUGUAUAAUAUUGAUAUUACAAACUGAUAGAGUGUAGUUUUGUACAUUAAGGAAUAAUAUCUUUUCCCAGCAUCAACCAUGCAUAGCAUUCAUUUGGUUUUGUGCUUGAAAGAGAGUUAUAGAUAACUAUACUAUAUAGAUGCUCUGUAUAUUCUUUCAAUAAUGUAAUCUAUCAAAUUCUGCUGUUCUUGUAACAUUUUAUUCUUAAUAAAAUUAAGAUUUGUUUUAGGUCA